CUGCCCCAUGCCACCUUUUCACAGAAAUAACUGCAAUGAGUCACGUGGUCGCCCUAACGAUUUCACCUGCUUGUGAGUUCACCUCGGGCGAUCACAGACACCAAGUAGCCGCGAAAGUGACUCUUGCAUCAACUUCAAAUCAUUUCGCUGUUCCAACAACACCGCCGGCCGUCCAUCAUUUGCUGGGCCAAUGUGGUUUGUCCGAUCGAGACCAGUCGAGAAUCCCUGCGCUCUAGCGCAGGAGUCAUUGGAAGUGCCAAGUGCAGACGCGUAGUGAUGAGUGAAGUAGGGGCAAGCAUGUGUGUUUUGUCAGCCUCGGGCACGAUCGACUCGUGAACGAACGUCUAGGAGCAAAGGGUCGGUUUUUGCGGGGAUAGAGGCCCUUCGCGGAGGCGGCCAAGGUGGGCCAUCAUGCCUCAUCACCCUAAGCACGUUCUUGCACGACAGAAGAAGGACUUGAGAUGCGUGGGUAACAUCCGUCCAGGCCCAGCGCGACAGCUGUUGCCGUAUUAGUGAGACUCCCAGGGGCUCAGUGAUCCUCGUGGUUGGUCAGUAUUUUAUUUUGUUACGGUCAUGAUGCGGGCCCGCACAUAGAGUAUAAAGGCCCGCUGCUUUCCAGAAAUACGACCAACAUCCUCCCAGGUGUACAUCCCUCCAGCACAGAAGUAAAAGAGCUACUGACAUGUUCGCCAAACUGAUCCUUCCCUUGGUCUUUUUCGCGGCUCUCGUCGCGGGUGCGCCGUCCCAGUGCAACCCGACCAGGGCGUCGCCGGACCUUCCUGCGGGACAGACGACGCUCGUCGCACCGAACCUGCCCGUCAAGUUCGUCACGCUCGGUGUCGGCAUCCAAAACUAUACUUGCUCGAGCACCACGCUGACCUACACCUCCAUCGGAGCCAUCGCGUCGAUCUUCGACAUCUCUUGUCUCGAGGGUACGGUCGGUUUCGACACCCUCCAGGAGUAUGCAUUCGACGUCUGGAGCGAGGAAAAAGGGCUCGGACUGGUUGACGGCAUUGGCCCACUCUUUGGUGCUUCGCGCAAGCUCGGUAACCACUUCUUUGUGACCUCGCCGUCGGGCACCGGGAUUUCUGCGGAAUGGGACUUUUCCUCCAGCCUUGGGCCGGGCACCUCCUCGUUCGUCAUCGCAAGCAAAAUCGCUGACCUGGUCGCACCUAAGAACCCCUCGGUGAACGUGGAUUGGCUCGAGCUCGCUCAGUUGAAGGGUACCCUGGCCACCAACGUGUUCCGCAUCGACACCGUCGGGGGUCAGCCGCCCACCUCGUGCAAGGCCGGAUCGUCCAUCUCCGUCAAGUACGUUGCCAAGUACUGGUUCUACUGAGCUGCUCCUCUCGAGAUUUGUUCGCCAUGAUCCCUGCAAGGCAUUCAGUAGCGCUAGGGAUAUUUCUGGAUGAAUGUAUCGUUGAAUCCAGUGAAUUGGAAUUGAUUAUUUCCGUCCGC